AUGUCUCAGUCAGUUGAAUUAUUGGGUCAAGGUGCUGGAUAUGGUAUUUUGGUCGGAGUUGGUGCUCUCUUCGCUGGGGGUAUGAUCUUGACAACUAAGUUGUUGCAGAAGUACUUGAACGAAAAUGCACACUCCACAGAAACUUUCUCAGUGGCUAACAGAAGUGUUGGUACAUUUCUUUCUGCUUCUGCAGUCUACUCGUCGUGGUCCUGGGCCACUGAAUUGUUAUGGGUGUCAACUAUGGUUUAUAGUUAUGGUAUCCAGGCUUCAUAUUACUACGGUGCCGGUUUAGCUGUUCAAAUCGCUGUGAUGUCAUUGAUUGGUAUCCAUGCUAAGAAGAAGGUCCCAACUGCGCACACCUCAUUAGAAAUUGUUGAAUUAAGAUACGGCAGAGCCAAUCAUUUGCUCUAUUUAUUCCUUGCUUUAGCCAAUAAUUUGCUUUCCUGUUCCUCUAUGAUUCUUGGUGCUUCCGGUGCCAUCUCGAUUAUUGCUGGUAACUUGCAUCCAGUCGCAUCUACCAUGCUUAUCCCAUUUGGUGUUUUGCUUUACACUGUUGUUGGGGGCUUGAAGGCCACAUUCUUGACAGAUUUCGUGCAUACUUUGAUCUUGCUUUUGAUCUUGUGUUACCUUAAUACAUCUGUUCUCACAUCGGACCAGAUCGGAGGAUUAGACGGAUUAUAUGACUUAUUGGUUAAGAAAGAUGGUGAAAGAUACAUUGCUGGUAACUACGAUGGUUCUAUUUUAACAGGUAAGUCUCAAGGUGCGUUGUUCUUUGGAUUGAUUUUAACCUGCGGUAACUUUGGUUUGACUGUGUUAGAUUCUUCUUUCUGGCAAAAAACAUUUUCUGCCAGUCCAAAGGCUACAGUUCCAGCUUACUUGAUUGCUGCUUUCUUUAUUUUCGCAAAUGUUUGGCCAUUGGGUUCUAUUAUUGGUGGUGCAGCAAUUGUCUUGGAUGGUACACCUGGUUGGCCAACCUACCCUAGAGCCUUGACUCAAUACGAAAUCGAUUCUGGUUUUGUUUUGCCAUAUGUAUUAAAGCAAGUUUUGGGUAACGGAGCUGUUGGUGCUCUUCUUUUAAUUAUCUACUUGGCAGUUACUUCUACUGUCAGUGCUCAGAUGAUAUCUGUUAGUAGUAUUCUUUCUUUUGACAUCUACAAGAAGUACAUCAACCCAAGAGCACAGAACAAGCAUAUGAUCAGAAUCUCACAUAUUGGUGUUGUUUUUUUUGGUCUCUUCUGUGCUGCUUUUUCGGUUAUGUUACAUUAUGUAGGUGUUAACAUGACCUGGUAUGGCUACUUUUACCCAUUAAUUAUUUGUCCUGGUGUCAUUCCAUUGAUUUUCACUAUUACUUGGGAUAGACAAACUGCGCUUGCCGUUUUUGUUGCUCCUAUUUUUGGUUUAGUGUUUGGAAUCACAAUUUGGUUGACCACAGCCUACCACUACUAUGGAAAGAUUACUAUCGUCAGUACUGGUGGUCAGUUGCCUGCUUUAUUUGGUUCCUUGACGGCUUUAUUACUCCCAGGUAUUGUUUCUAUCAUUGUUAGUUUGGCCUACCCACUGAAGUUUGACUGGAAGAAAUUACAGGAAGCUGACCUUCUUAUUACCCAGGAAGAAGACAAGCCUGAUUCAGAAAGCAACGGUGAAUACUCGGAUGAGGUUAACGAGAAGAGAGAACACACUCAUACGACAAUCAACGAAACUGGUUCAAAGGAAGAAUUGAGCUCCAAGGAACUCGACGAAAAGUUGAUUGGCGAAGAAUUAGAGUUACACCAAUUGACUGAACGUGAACUUGACUUCUGGAUUAAGAUUGCUACAGGUGCAGCCAUCUUCAUCCUCUUGAUUACUUGGGUGCUCUGGCCAUUGCCAUUGUACAGAAACUGGAAGUUCUCUAGGGCCUACUUCAAGGGCUACGUUACCGUCUCUCUUAUUUGGCUUUAUGGUGCAUUCAUUGUUAUCGGGCUAGUUCCACUUGUUGCAGGUAGAAAAUCAUUCUACAAGGUUUUCAACGGUGUCUAUCGUGACUACAUUAAAAGAGACUGA